CAUGUACACCAACACGGAGCCGGUGAUGGGCUGAUUCUCGCUUGGUUGCCUUUUUAGAAUAUUUCCACCGGUUUCAAAAUUUAACAUAGACGGAAGUGAGAGCGAAGUAUAGGUUCAUAUAUAUUCCCUUUUGUUGGAUUUAUUGUAAUGUUUCGGAUUUAACGUUUUAUAAGCUGCCGAGCCAGAAAAAAACACUUUCAGAGUAUGACUCCUUGCGCUCUAUUUCUACUGCUUGUAUCCACUUUUGUCUGUUAAAGGGUCCCCCGUUUGUGUGUAAGUGAGUUUAUUCUUUAUUCUCUCUCGUUGUUUUACCGCUGACCAUUUAUAGAAUCACGCAAAAAAAAAAGAAUCCGCUAAUAAUUGAACUUUGAUGUCCGCCUCAUGAUCUCUUCGUUACUUUUGUACCUCUUCGUUACUCGAGCGCCACAAUAUUUUAUUUAUAAGACCUGCGGCAUGGUUUUAAUUUAUAAUGUACGUUAUUCCGCUAAUAAGCUGGCUAGUUGUUUCACUGCUGGCACCGGCGAUAUCACAGAAAACUAUCGGUUAUAGUGAAUUUUCCGGGUAUGCGGAAGGUUUGGAGCGAUAGCCCGUCCCACAUUCGCUUAUGUUACGGGAACUUUUUUGUAGAGGCCCGUAAAUGUUUAAAUAAACAAAAUAUACUCUUAUUACUGUUAUCUUGUAAAUGCUACUCGAUGAACUGUUGUAUAAAGGCGAUAACAUAUACUCGGCCUGCGGCCUCGUGCCUACGAGCGAACCACAACUGUUGAUAAACCUAACUCCUAGUAUGUUAUUGCUUAACUAACAAUUAACGGGAGAGAUUGCAAUAUUUUUUAUACAGUUUAAUAAAGUAAGAAAGAUUAUCUUACAUUUUUACUGCGGUAAUGUGGUUCUUGCAUUUCUUAUUCAUAAAAUAUCUUUACGUCAUAAUCACACAUGUAUAUUCUUUGUAUAGUAAAGUUAAAUCAUGUACGUGGACGUGUGUUUUUUGACCGUCAGACCAGAGAUCUCCGCACCACAGUAUCCCUUAAGGAACUUUACUGGUCACGUGGUUCGCUCCGGACUCACUGCUGAUCCUAGAAAUGUUUCUUUUUUUCUGGUUCCUUUGCUGUUUCCGCCACAUUUUUGUGUCACAUGACGGUUUAAAGAAAUAAAUAAGUCAAAUGAUGAUUUCUGUUACGAAGGCUCAGUAUCCGAUAAUGCAUCAUGCUUAGCGCUGGAGUUUUGUGAUUUUUUUGGCUUUAAUUACAUAACUCACUGGAUAACUCGUACACUGGAUCGCAGCCUGGAAAGCAAAAACUGCCAUCCCAUGCCAAAGUAAGGAAUUUCCUUCGUGCUAUUUAAAGGGAAUGCAAGGAUACGUUUCGACUUAAAUUCUGAGAGGAUAAUAAGGAUAAUUAAAAGCCAUGUCACAUAGCAAUAAGAUCGAAAUAGUAGCGGCGGAUCAAAAUGCUGUUAACGGGGGAACCUCGUCGGACCGGCAGAAUGGCGAAAACAGAAACAUUGAGCUGGCCGCGGUGUACGUGUCUGAUGCCCAGUACAACAGGAACAUCUGCUUCAGUACCUCACCGCAAGGGAUCAGGUUAUACAAGUUCUACAUCCACAGUUGCAUGAGGAUAAUAAUUCUCUUCUUCAUCUUUGUGGACCUGGCCUUGGCUAUAUUUGAAGAACCGGCUAUUUUCCCCUUCCCUUUAUGGGCCAACUUCGUGAUUGAGGUCACCUGCCUUGUUGCUUUCACUGCACGGCUUAUACAUUAUGCUAAAGUCAUCCCUUGGUCCAACUUCUGGAAGGACCCCAAAAACAUCUGCAUCAUCGUCGUCAUCUUUCUAACGUUGUUGGACAUGAUUAUAUAUGGCAUCCUGACAGAGAUGCAUCUCUACUGUGUCCGGUGGUCGAGGGUUCUGAGACCCUUGCUAUUGGUGAACAUCACAGAGAGCCGGCAGCUCCGCAGGGCCUUCCGGAGCAUCAGGAACGCCCUGCCCCACGUCCUCUACGUUUUCUUCUUGUUUAUGUUCAGUGUGCUCAUGUUCUCCCUCAUGGCCCUGAAGCUCUUUGGGAAGAGAGGCCUUGUGACCAGUGAAGGACGUGCCUACUUCACAGACUACCUUGACAUCGUCUUUGACCUCUACGUGCUGGUCACCACCGCUAACAGUCCUGAUGUCAUGAUGCCAGCCUACAACUAUGGCAUCAUGUUUUCCGUCUUCUUCAUCAUCUAUAUCGUCAUAAAUACCUACAUCUUCAUGUCCGUUUUCCUGGCUGUCGUCUACAACAACUACAAGAAGCACCUGAAGGAGGAGGUGCGUCAGCUGGUGAGGGCUAAGCGACGCAACAUGGUGCAGGCCUUCCGGUUGCUGCAGGAGCCGCGCGGUGAUGAGCCCGUGGUGAUGCGGGAGACGUGGAACCGACUGGUGCACGCGGUGCAGCCUGGCAUCAGCGCUGUCCACCGUGAGCUCCUGUGGAAUGUGUCUGACGAGCACAACAGAGGCUAUAUCGGGAGGCCUGCCUUCAUCCAGCUGGCUGACCUUCUGAACAUCCAGGUGAUAACUCUAAAGUCCCGAAUUCACCCCCUGCAAAUAUAUCUGCCUGGGAUUUAUAACUCCGCUGCCAGCAGGUGCACCCGUUGUGUGGUGCAGCACCGGUUCUUUGUCUAUGUGUAUGAUUUGAUCAUCCUAGUGAACGCCGUGUUUAUCGGACUUGACGAGGAGAACCCAUUUAUCUCGUACUCCGAGUGGGUCUUCCUGGGGCUGUAUCUGUUGGAGAUUCUCCUGAAGCUGUAUGCCUUCGAGCCGCGGGCGUUUUAUGCCCGGCAUCAGUUCUGGAACUGGUUUGAUACUAUCAUCAUCAUUUGUGCACUAAUUGCUACCAUACUGAAUUCAGCCCUAAAAUCCAGUAGCAACUACAACAGCCGUGAAAUCCUGGAUAUCGUUUUCAUCCUGCGUGUCUUGAGGCUCAUCCGUGUGGUGGACAGCAUUAAAAGGUUCAGGGCCAUCAUUAAUACUCUUAUUAAAAUUGGCCCAACGAUUCUCACAUUUGGACAGCUUAUUAUUGUGAUAUACUACAUAUUUGCCAUGGUGGGAAUGGAACUCUUCAAGGGUACAAUCCAGUUUUUUGAAAAUGGUGCCUUAAAGCCUGGACACGAGUUCUGUGGAAACCCACUUCUGAAUGGAUCUGCAUUUGCAAAGAACAACUACUGCAGGAACAACUUCAACAAUGUCAUUUCUUCCUUCAUUCUCCUCUUCGAGCUCACAGUGGUCAACCAGUGGCACGUUCUGGCCAGCGGUUUUACCACAGUGACGAGUAACGCUGCCAGGAUCUACUUUGUUGUGUUCCACAUCGUUGUGGUCAUCAUCAUCAUAAACAUUUUUGUGGCUUUUGUACUGGAGGCUUUCUUUGUGGAGUACAACGUCAGCACGAGUGGUUUACAGACAUCGCUGGAAAAGAAAAUCAAGGAACUGGAGCUUGGUAUAGAUCAGGACCAGCUGGAAGGAAACUUGAUUGAGAACUUGGAAACCAAUGACAAUGACCUUGGUCCUUCUGGAGAGCAUAAGGGGAAGCCUUCAGUCAUGUUCACAAUUGCUUCAAAGAGGUAUAGAACCAUCGAGGCCUUGUUACAAAGGAUGUUCGAAGCUGACCUCAGCCCUGAGGACGAUGCAGAUGAUGAAGAUCACGAUAAUUCAUUGUCUCCAGAGUUGAGUUUCCCAAAUCCAGCCUUCAACACCACAUGACUUUCACCAAAGGGGGUUUAAAUGCUUUAAAAAGUGUACCUUGUCAUAUUCAUAUAAAUAUAUAUACAUAUAUGUAUAUUCA